AUCUUUAUUUUUGUCGUUACGUCGCCAACUUUGCUAUAAAAGUGGAAAACGGACAGGAAACGGUCACUUCUCAGCGCUACGUGUUUAGCUAGCAGCAGCUAGCCGGCUGUAGCUUCACCUUAAAGCUCCGCCGUUACCGGCUUGUCGAAGGCUCCGCUGUCGCUCCAGCUACUCCUCGGCAGCGUCGGACUCUGAGAAGGAGCAGCAGAUCUUGUCGGGCAUCAUGUCCAGACGCAGCCUGCGGCUCGAUGACGGGCUGUUGGACCGCAGCCUGCCGCUCAGCAGCGCCUCCUUCAGCGUGGGAGGAGGCGGCUGGAGGAACGCCAGGUCAUUGAAGUCUCACCGUUCUCAGCAGCACUCGGCCUCCUGCUCGGAGUCUCUCCUCCUCAGCACUCCUUGUAAACUGGCCGGUCAGCCGCCGCUCCUCAACAGCAGCCUCCACAGCGUGGCCUCGGACGCCUCCCUGCUCUCCUCCCUGCUGGACGAGUCCUCCGUCCAGGAGACGACGCUGGUCGACACCUUCUGGGGUUUGGACCACGACGUGGAUCCCAAAGAAAGCACCGUCAUAGCGGAGCAGACCCUGCUGGCGGACCGCACUCUGAUUGGUUCAGACGGCCGCUGUCCCAAACACCCGGUCCAGACGCUCAGCAGGGUUUACUGUAAGGACUGCGAGCUCUCCUCAGACAGGAGGGAGGCCGUCGCCUCCUACUGCUCCUCCUCCAAAUACACCCCCGCCUCGCUGACGGGGCCGGGACCCUCGGAGCCCGGGGGCCAGGAGACCUCCACCAUCUACAGCAGAGACCGGAGCCGCAAGAGCAGGACAGAUGUGCUGCGGCUGUGGCUGGACUCGUCUCUGCCGUGUGUCAGGAGAGCGGCGGCCUGCUGCGUCUCUGUGCUGACGCACACCUGGCAGGUGUGCCGGGCGCUGGCCUCGCAGGUCCACGCACGGACCGCUCACAGACGAGGAGGUCGAUCCGGUCGCUGUGGAGUCAUGAACCUCAGGGAGUCCAGCACGAACCAGAAGGAGCUUCAACCCAGCGGAUCUCUGUUUAAACGCACCUCAUGCCUGCUGACGCCAACAGGUGACGACUGUGAGGGGAAAAGGCGCUCGGACACGGACGACGCCGUCUCCUCGCCUUCGGCCUCGUGGUCCUCAGUGGCUUCCUGUUUGUUGGGGCUGAUGUGGAGCGCCGCCGUCUUUACAGCUUCGUGUCUCUGGCGGCUGACUCUCAGGGCAGCUGCAGCCAUUUGGCCUCUGACCAAAGAAAUAUGUUCAGCUUCUCGGAGCGCCGCACGCUCUGCAGGUAAGACGGCAGUGGUUGCGUACAGGUGGCUCAACGGACGAUGGCAUCCCAUGACCGCAGGCUUCCUCCGCACUCGGUCUCCCCUCACGCUCCUCCUGGUUCUCCUCCCUCUGCUGCUCCUCUUCAGCCUGUGUUCGUUCGGUCCGGCCGGUCUACAGUCCGUCAACAUCACAGAGUGGAGGACGGCGGUCUCUGACGUCUCCGGUCUGUCCUCCAUCUACAGCUUCAUGUCCCCCCAGAGCCAAUCGGCAGAGGGCGCCGUGGAGGAGUCAAGGGAGGUGCAGCCCUACGUGGAGCUGACCUACAGCCGACCUCCACCGGCUGAAACGCCGUCAGGGGAGGAGGCACCGCUGGCGCCCGGUUCAGCUGUUAAAGACGAAGAGGAGGAGGAGGAGGAGGAGGCGGAGGCGGCAGCGGAGUCUGUGCGGCUCGUUCGCCUGGAGCAGAGUCUGACGGCGCUGUGGGAGCGCGUGGAGGCCGGAGGGCGGCGGGCUGAGCAGAGACACAGGGAGGUGGCCCGGCUGUACGCUGACCUCCAGGGCGACGGCGAGGGACUGGAGCCCUGGCUGAGCGGCCUGCUGGACCGGCAGCUGGACCAGCUCAGGAGACAACUGGACGAGGAGAGACUGCACAGGGACCAGACUCGGCAGCAGGAUCUGUUGCAGCAGCAGAGCCAAACGUCUCGUCUGGAUCAGCUGGAGCUGCAGCUGCGGACGCUGGCUGCAAAGACAGAGGAGGUGCAGCGGAGACACGAAGCUGCCGCAGUCCCAACCUCACCAACAACACUUCCAGCCGCCGUCAGUGUUGGUGUGGACCGUCUGUCCCAUGAUGCCUUGCUGGCGGAGGUUGCGCGGUUGGCGGCGGCUCUGGAGGACGUCCGGCAGCACGUUGAGGAUCUGUCAGAGUGUCAGGGCGACGGCCAACAGCUCGACAGAAUCCGGCAGACGGUGAGAGAGAAGACGCAAACCUCACUUAUUAUUACAGUAACAGUGAAGACGCGGCGAGGGUUCGCCUCGUCAGCUGGACCGUCACAGCUGCAGAUUUCAGCGCACGUGUCCGCUCAGGUCCGUGAGGAGGUUCGUACUCUGGUCUACGGCAACCAGCUGGCGGUGAGGGGCGGGGCCUCCGGGGACGACGACGCGGGCCUCCCGGAGUCUCUCCUCCGGUGGUUGUCGCAGCAGUACGUCACCGGGGCCGACCUGAAGGCGUCGCUGGCCUCCCUGGAGCUCAGCAUCCUGCAGAACAUCAGCCUGCAGCUGGAGCAGCGCCGCAGCGAGGAGACGGUCAGAGAGGCCGUCCUGCACGCCACCGGGGCCGCUGGGGCCGCCGUGACCACGGAGGACGUCCGUGUGAUCGUGGAGAACGCUCUGCGCCUGUUUUCUCAGGACCGGACCGGCCUGGCCGACUACGCUCUGGAGUCUGGAGGGGGCAGCGUCCUGAGCACUCGCUGCUCACAGACGUACAAGACGAAGGCGGCUCUGCUCAGUCUGUUCGGAGUUCCCCUCUGGUAUUUCUCUCAGUCUCCUCGGGUCGUCAUCCAGCCGGACGUCCAUCCAGGAAACUGCUGGGCCUUCAGAGGCUCCGCGGGCUUCCUGGUGAUCCGCCUCUCCAUGAAGAUCGUCCCCACCGCCUUCUCCCUGGAGCACAUCCCCAAAGCCCUGGCACCCAGCGGGACGCUGCUCAGCGCCCCCCGAGACUUCAGCGUCUACGGUCUGGAUGAUGAGAGUCAGGAGAGAGGGACGCUGCUGGGCUCUUACAGCUACGACCAGGAUGGAGAAGCUCUGCAGACCUUCUCCGUCGCUGAGCAGAACGACCGAGCCUUCCAGAUCAUCGAGCUACAGGUGUCGUCCAACUGGGGUCACCAGGAAUACACCUGCAUGUACCGCUUCAGGGUGCACGGGACGCCUGAGGACGCCCCAGAGACGAGUAUUUAAUCCACAGACGGCGUGGAGACGGCAGAGCAACAUGUCUGCUGUUUCCUGCUUCAGCCUCCUGCUGCUAACUGUGCCUGAGAAACCGCACGCUUCACUUUCAGCUGCUCUCAAGUCUCCCCAGUGACCAUAAACUCGCUUCCUUCCUUCCAGACCAGAUGUGAUCUGAGCGUCUGGUUUUCCUGUGGAAAAAGGAAACACUGACAGAUUUGAUGUGACGUCUAUAUGUUCUGUCAAUAGUUAAUAUUUUUAUAUCAGUGUUUUGUAUUUUCUGUGCUGAAGCUCCUUCAUGUUUGAGCCCCACUUUUCUUUUUAUCUGAACAUUAUUGCUGUCGAGAGCGGGACAUGUUCCAACUCUUUAUUCCCAUUAAUGUCCUGAAACUAACUGACCCUCCUGGUGAAGGGACAAAAUCUCUAAACACAUUUUUAAAGUUCAGCUGAAGAUAAAUCUGAAGCUUCGACAGCUUGAAUUCACAAAUCAAACGGAGUUUUGGUCUUUUUAGAGAGAAAUGUUGUCUUUGUGUUUCCACAUUCACUGCAUCCUUACCGAGCCGCAAUAGAGGAACACAAAGCGUUUCAAACUAAAGACCAAAUCAUAUUUAACUGUGGAUUUUAUGCCCCAGCACAUCCACUGAAAUGGCCUCAGGAGAGGAGGGGGUUAAUACGAUCCAUUAUGACCUAAAACCUGCCAAAUGUCCCCCAUGUGUGAGUAUUUGGUCCCGCUCACAGCUGCAGCACUGACCGUAAUGUAACUUUCACAAAAAACAUCUUUCUCAGGAAGUUUUAGAAGAAGAAGGAAUAGAUUUGCACCAAAGGCCUCGACUGCACUUAUGUUUCUGUUUUAUUUAUUUUGUCUUCAGGUUAAUGGAAGAUUUAAUUUUAUUAAGGAUUCUGACUAAUGUAUGUUUUUGUAUGUGAUUUGAAGCUGGACGUAAUAAAGACGUGAAAUUUUAAGUUUUUAUUGAAA